AAUGAUAUCAACAACAACAACAAUGAUAUCAACAACAACAACAAUGAUAUCAACAACAACAACAAUGAUAUCAACAACAACAACAAUGAUAUCAACAACAACAACAAUGAUAUCAACAACAACAACAAUGAUAUCAACAACAACAACAACGAUAACAAUGGCACCCUUAUCGACUUCAACAAUGUCAACCUGAACUCCGGUACCGGCAAUGUCGGUGUCUCGGAUCAGCAGCGUCUGGCGUUCUUGACUGCUCAUGCCAACCAGCUCAACGAUGCCACUGUUGUUCCUCUCAAUGCCCCGGAGGUCAUUCCCAACAACCGCGUCAGAACCGCCGAGCAGGGUUGUGCUCAAGUUGGAACUGGCUUCAUUUGUGUUGAUCUGGCUCGCAACGUCCGUUGCGUCAACGGCCUGGUUGCCGACAACAAAGUGAACGCUUUCUCGGCUAACUCGCUGCUCAAGGCCUGCGUGGGUGGAUUCUGCGGCGGCGGUACGGGAUUCAACAACUGUGUCGGCUCGGCCCAGCAAGCAAUCACUGGAAACGACAACGGCAACGAAUUCUUCCUGCCCCCUAGCGGCGUUGGAUCGAGCCAGAACAACAACAACCAGAACAACAACAACCAGAACAACAACAACCAGAACAACAACAACCAGAACAACAACAA